CUCUGGGGGAGGCGCUUUGUGUUAGUUUCCAAUUUGCGGCUCUCAGGAGUCAGUGCUCGGCGAAUGGCGUGUACAGUUGCGCAUACGCUCUUCCGAGGAGUCCUAGCACAUGCGCCUAGGAGGCCUGUGGUGGUGCCCCCUGGUCGUUCGCACGCGACGGCUCGUUAGCAGCCUGCUGCAGCUGCAGCUGCGUAGACCGUCCCGUUGCGUGAGCACCAACGACUCGUCGGAAUGAUGAUGGCGAUGGUGGCUUGACCACUCCUCUGCAGGCGUCCUGUUACAGAAUCGAACCUCAGUCCGAAUAAGCGGCAGGGGCAUAGGUGCAUGAGAGUACUGUAGCAGCACUGUAGUAGCAGGUGCCCCCAAACCAAAGCAGUUCCUUCGGCGGAGGAGAGGAAGAUGACGAGCGGCAGAGGCGGUGCUGGAGAACGCCGAAUGAGUCGUUCGUUGGUGCGAAUGAAUGAGAGGGUGGGAGGGUUUCGCCGCGGGGAUGAUGCGCCGUGGUAUAUGAUAGGGGCCAAGAAUGUCAGUGUGCGGCGGAUGAUUUCCAGAGCCAUAAAUUUGGUCCUUUCCCACUGAACGCGAUUCUUUGUCAGAAGGUUGUUCUUUGGCGACUUGCUACUAGUAGGAAACAGACACAAAAGCACAACCCCCCGCCCCCCCAAACCUUCGUUCUGGGAUUUCGAUAGAAGCAGUUGAUUACUAUCAUGGCGGCAGAGUUAGGAGGAGCGAUGGUCGACGCGUCGCGGCUACUGAGAUACGACGCUCAAGUCACGCUGGCUUCAAACGCAACAGCAACAGCAUCAGCAUCAGCAUCAGCAGUGUCAUCAUCUCCAAUGGAUAUGGAGGACUUCGCAUCCAUGUCGCAGCGGCUACUAACAGCAGCGGCAGCAGCACCUGUAAGCACGACUACUGGUACUUCAGACGCCAAUGCAGCGGCCCGCAUGCUGCCGUUCGCGACGGCGCCGCUCGAAGCCGUGUACGCGGUCGCGCGGGAGGAACUGGGCCGGGGAGAGUUCGGCGUGGUGCGCACGUGCAUGCAGCGUGCGACGGGGCAGCUGCUCGCGUGUAAGUCCGUCGACAAGACGCGGCUAAGAGAAGGCGAGCGCGCGGGCGACUUAGAAAUGGAGCUGCUGUGCAUGGGCGCGCUCCCGCCGCAUCCGCACGUGGUCCAGCUCGCGAGCGUUCACGAAGACGCGUGCGACGUGCAUCUCGUGAUGGACCUGUGCGACGGUGGCGAUUUGUUUGAUCUUAUCGCCAAGGCUGGGCGACUGCCUGAGGCGUUCGCCGCGGACGUGUUUCGCCAGGUGGUGGAGGCAGUCGCGUUUUGCCACUCGCACGGGGUGCUGCACCUGGACGUGAAGCCGGAGAACAUCCUCGUUUGUAACAGCUCGCGGAACAUCUAUAACAAGGCCAGCGGCGUUGACAGCAUCAGCUCCCCAGCUUCCUCGCCUUCAAUUCAUGUGAAGCUGGCGGAUUUUGGGCAGGCGAUAAUGCUCACUCCCGGGCAGAAAGCCGUCGGCCUGGCGGGCUCUUCCUUCUACAUGGCCCCAGAAGUCGUCUGCGGGCGCGCAUACGACAGCAGCGCAGAUCUCUGGAGCCUCGGCGUGCUCCUAUAUGUCCUGCUGGCGGGAUACGUGCCCUUCUACGGGUCCGACCUCCCCCAGGUGUUCCUCGCCAUCUGCGCCAACGAGCCUGACAUGUCAGGCGAGCCGUGGACGGAGAUAUCUGAGGAGGCGAAGCACCUCGUGCGCUGCCUGCUGUCAGUGGACCCCACCAGCCGUCCCUCAGCGCUCCACCUACUCUCGCACCCGUGGCUCACACGCUCACAAGGGCUAGAAUCAGCCGCUGCUGCUACUGCUGCUGCUGUUGCUGCAGCUGCCAAAACGUCGCCCCUGCCGCUGCUUGCUGCAGCGGAGGCAUCGCUGCUCUCAGGACCAACCACACAGCUGACUUCAACCACCAACUCUCUGAUGGCUCCUGAGCAUGGUGCCAUGGCUCCUCCGAGUGGCCUCUUUCACUUUGCUGCUCUUGCGGAGGAAUCAGUUGGGCGCACGUCGAGCGGAAGCACGGGGCAAAGACGGAGAAGAAGGUGUCGUGAAGCUGCUGGUGACCUCAGGAGAUGCUGACCGUCUUACCUAAUACAUGACCUGAUUACUAACCCGUUACUAACUAACCUCAUUGGUGCUUCAUGAUGUGUACACUUGACUUGGGAUUAGGCUGGUAAACGUAACAAGAAACAUCUUGGGUUAUAGUGCAUACAAUGUUUUGGUAUGUUUGUUGUGAGUGCCAUGAAGCCAAUAAUGCCUCGUUUUCAUU